AUGUCCUGUCAGUGGGUGGUUGACUGUAUCAGCUGCCUUCUCUGUAUACAAGGCCAGUCCAUAAACCUGGGCUCAGCGGAGGAGGAGCUGAGAUGUUUCCGUGAAGCACUAACAGCUCCAGAUCCCAAGGCUCUGUUUCAGGCAUCUUCCAAAAUGGCCAGGGUUGUUAGUGAGUACUUUCCCUCGGAACAGGCCACAGACUUUAUUGAGGCCACAUUGGAUGGUCUGCUGUCUGCUAGCUCCACCUGUGCCACAGCAGCUGGACUAUGGAUGAAGAUCAUCCUGAAGGAGUGUGGAGAUGCCAUGCUGGACAAGGUGCCAGAUAUCCUGGCUAUACUAUAUCGCCACAUGCCUACUAUCCAGGAGGGCAGCUUGAGACAGUUCCUGGUGGAGGCAGUGUCCAUUCUAGCUCACCAUCACCGAGAGGCAGUGAUCUCCAGCCUCCUCAGCAAACGUCUGCCGAUGGACAGUGACACCACUGAGCUGUGGAGAUCUCUGGGGGGGAGACCCCUUGCUUGCCACUCAAGUCCUACAAGUCCUAAUAGACAAGAUAGACUCCAACAAGAAAAGAAGGCAGCAUCACCUCAGAGACUGAAAUUGACAGGCAUUUGGCAGCUGCUGAACCUCUCUCAGCAACAUGUGCCAUCUUUGAGGUGGUGUCAGCACUGCAGUCGAGCAAAGCUGUGCAGGAGCUGCUCCCAGAGUUGUUUCCUGUUCUCCUGUAGCAGGUCAGCCAAACCCAAGGACAAAAGGUGCCUUUGCCAACGAGAAGCAGCCCGAGGCGAUUCUGAAAAGGACUACAACUUACUGAGGGCAACCCUUGCCGAUAAUUAGAAGGAAGGGAGAGAAACAAAGAGAAUUCCAAUAGAGUUGUGUGAUGCUCCCCAGGAGUUCCCAGGGUUACGAGGCACCUUACC